AACUGCCGGCGGUCGGUGACGUCAGGCGGGUCCGGGCGGGCCGUCGCCGUGGCAGCGGGGAGCAAAGAUACGAGUAUCUUUGGCCGGGAGCGGCGGCGGCGGCCAUGGAGGCGCUGGAGGAGGCCGGCCUGCACUUCGACGAGCUCAACAAACUGAGGGUGCUGGACCCGGAGGUAGCGCAGAGCACGGUGGAGCUGAAGGAGGAGUGCAAGGACUUUGUGGAGAAAAUAGGCCAGUUCCAGAAGAUUGUCGGUGGGUUAAUUGAGAUUGUUGAUCAACUAGCUAAAGAAGCUGAGAAUGAAAAGAUGAAGGCCAUAGGUGCCAGAAAUCUGCUGAAAUCAGUGGCCAAGCAACGAGAAGCACAGCAGCAGCAGCUCCAAGCUUUAAUUGCUGAAAAGAAAAUGCAACUCGAACGAUAUCGGAUCGAAUAUGAAGCUCUCUCAAAGGUGGAAGCUGAACAGAAUGAGUUCAUUGAUCAAUUCAUUCUUCAAAAGUGACAAGUGAUGGGGAAGCAUUAAACAGAAAAAACGUAUAUUUAACACCAUAAAGGAGAGAACAUUUCAGUGAUUAUUCCAUUCUGCCAUUCCAUCAACAGAGGGUUUUAAACACAGUGCAUUUUGGAGUGGAUUCAGUGUUAUUUCAGUGAAUAUAAAGCAUCUAUUUCUAUAAUGCAGAUUUAUAUAUGGUUUUUUGGACCAUCUUGGCAAUUUUUGCUACACUUUUUAAGAUUACAUUUCUGCAAGCAUCAGAACACGAAUAUUGUGUAAAUACUUUGUUGGCUCUUAUUUUGUAUAUUUUAUGUUAUAUCUAAUAAAUCAAUCUUUAAGCAUGUAUGAUCAUGAGUUACAAUUUCUA